CUAGGUGUCGCGCUAAUCGACUGAUUUAUUGAAUUUCAAAAUGGCGACCCUUCCGAUAAUAAAUCGUUUAGCAAAUUCGAGAUACUUAAUCUGUAAAAAUAAAGUUAUUUGUGCCAGUUUAACCACAACACCAAUAUGUAAAAAUUGGAAUAAGGAUUGGAAACCGGGCCCGUUUCCUACAACAGAAAAAGAACGUCGAGCGGCGGCCGAGAAAUAUGGUUUGCUGUACGAAGACUAUGAGCCAUAUCCAGAUGAUGGAUUUGGAAAAGGAGAUUAUCCAAAGUUACCUACUGUUUCAGGUGACGCUAGGGAUCCAUACGAACCCUUUGAUUUUCCUGCCUUGAAACGUAACUUCUGUGAACCUUUACAUGCCGAGGCUGACCUGUUAACAGAUACUCGUUUUAAUGCUAAUCAGAAAUUUCUAAUUCCAGUGUGGAAACAAUGUUUAUGUUUUCUUGGAGCUGUAGCUGGAUUUACGUUGCUUUAUUUUGUUUCAGAACCGUUUGAACUUAGUCCACCUGUUCUUCCGAAACAGUAUCCGAAAAAGGAUGUUGUGCAUUAUACUUUUGAAACAGCUAAUUGAUUUUUUAAACUUUUGGAAUAAUCACAUGUAAAAAACAAAUCAAGUAUAGUAGAUUAUUUAAUUUAGCAUUACAAAUGUAAUUACUUUAAAGACAUUACAGUAUAUGCAAAAACAAUUAUUGAAUAAAUCUGUCAAGAAAAUUCUACUUUAA